CACCCCGCGCCGUGACGCUGACUGCGGCCGGAAGCAGUCGGGCGGGACGAGGGCGGCGGUGGUGGCCGCGCCGGGGGGUGGCAGCUCGGCGGUCUGCGGGCGCUGCUAGUCGCGGAGGGACGUUGUGCAGGGACCCCUCCUUUGGUGCUGCCCGACCAGUGAGUCCUUUAAAUGUGCUUUGGCAGUGGUCACAGGGAACUGACAAACUUCAGCUGGAGGAGGGAAGAUGAUGUCCUUGGAUGGACUAAAGAAGACAAUCAGUAACCCGAUGAUCCCAUAUGUUGGGACAAUACUUGGUGGCCUUGUUCCUGGAGAGCUGAUUGUGAUACAUGGGACUGUUCCUGAUGAUUCAGAGAGGUUCCAGGUGGAUUUACAGUGUGGUAGCAGCGUAAAGCCUCGAGCUGAUGUGGCAUUUCAUUUCAACCCUCGCUUCAAAAGGUCUGGUUGUGUUGUUUGCAACACACUGGAGAGGGAAAAAUGGGGCUGGGAGGAGAUCACUUACCAGAUGCCCUUUCAAAAAGGGAAGCCAUUUGAGAUUGUCAUCAUGAUUUUAAAGGAUAAAUUCCAGGUGACUGUAAACAAGAAGCACUUGCUGCUCUACAACCACAGAAUUAGCCUCGAAAGAAUAGACACUCUUGGAAUAUAUGGCAAAGUGCAGAUCAAAACUAUAGAUUUUGUCUGCAAUUCUUUACAAGGCUCUCAGCCAUCAUCUCUAGGAGUUACAAAGAUAAACACAGAAAAUGGGGAUAUGCCAGAUGGCUCACAAUUUGAUGUUCCUUACAUUGGGAAACUUGAUACUGCACUUCGUCCAGGAUGCACAGUUGCCAUUAAAGGAGAAGUCAAUAAGAACCCAAAAAGCUUUACAAUAAACCUGAAACCAAGCAACUCCAAGGACAUUGCAUUACAUCUGAAUCCUCGACUGAAAAAUCAAGUUUUUGUAAGAAACUCAUACCUUCAUGACAGCUGGGGAGAAGAAGAGAAGGAAGUGGCCAACUUCCCUUUCAGUCCAGGCAUGUACUUUGAGCUGAUCAUCUUCUGUGAUGCCCACCAGUUCAAAGUUGCUGUUAAUGGUGUUCACACGCUGGAGUACAAGCAUCGUUUUAAACAACUUGAAAAGAUCAAUGUCGUGGAAAUCAUGGGAGAUAUUCAGUUGCUAGAUGUGAGGAGCUGGUAGUCCUUCUCAAUCAGUACUAAAAGAAUUAUAUCUCUUCUAAUGACAGUGCCUCCUUGUCCAGUACAGACAGGUGCUGAUUUGAGCUGAGCAUGCCUUUAAUCUAUCUAGGCUUCUGUGUCUGCUCUCUGAGUUAGGCAAGUACCAGAACCGCUAGCUGUGAGAUUAAAUCCUCCUCUACUUUACAAUAUCCUGGCAAGCUAAAUAAGUGUUCAGGUAAAUCUGAAGGUAGCAAUAUGAAACUGAUGCAUCUCACUAACAACUGCACUUGGUAUGUUUAAGGUAAACUGCUACUUGCCAUUCCUUGAUAGCACACAUUCAAUAUUGUGAAGUAGCAAGAGACUGAAAUAGGAUCUGAGAAUAUGAUUAUGCACCUCAAAAGGGAUAUUGAUAAUGAAUUUAAAAUAGAAUUAUUAAAUAUACUCUUCUGUAUUGGCAACUAUAACCUUUUUACCGAGGCUGGAUUAAGCAGCUGACCCAUCAGUUCUAGCAAAAGGUGAGCAUGUUACUUCUUAGCCUGCUGCUGCUGCAGUAGUACCUUAAAUCAAAUAUACAGCAGUAUUUCAAACUUCUGAUUUUCUAAACUGAAAGAAAUUAAAAUGAUUAAGGUAGUUCCAAUUGUUUGAACUUUUGAAAGCUUGUUUGAUGUGAAAUGGCUCCUGACUGAAUUGAGAUUGCUCAGGGACUUAGUUGGAGGUUUUGUGUUUCUCACUUUCUAAAAUCAUGUCAACCCCAGUACUCCAGGCGGGGUAUCAGCUGAGAUGAGGCUUGCAUAUUCAUCAGUGAAAUAGAGAAUGAAUCCUUUUCCAGUCUUGUAUUAAAGUACUACCUAUCUGAAGUAAGCUGUUUCUAUUUAGUCACUUUUCUGUACAAAUGUCAGUCUUAAUUUUUAUACCCUGAUUUUUUAAAAUAAGUUGCUACUGGCUGUCAAAUACAUCCCUGAGGGAUGUUCCUAUUUAUCUUAAGAGACACUAAAACAGUGAAGCAAUUUCAAGAACAAGGUACAUCCUAAAAGCCUGUUUAAUUAACAGAUGUAAUGUAGAGAAAGCAUAAAUAAAAACGUUUGGCAACUCU